AGUGAUAGUUUUAGGAUGUGGGCGGGGAGAGUUGAAACUUCGACCUUGGGAGCCUUUUCUCCUCCACUACCUGCGCUCCUGCCCUUUGGACCGUAGCCGUUCGGCUCGUUUUCCUUCUCAACCUCUGACUUUCGCUGGCACCUUGACUGGGCUUGGCGUGACUUUUGACCUUUGCCUCCUGACCUCAGGGAUGCUUCAGAGGAGGCCCCUUUCUGCACUAACGAUCCCCUCACUUGAACUCCUUUCUUCAAAAGUCACCCUCCCUGGUCUUAUUAGCCCCCAAAACUCCCACUCCAGGACCUUUGCUUGGCUUCCAUACUUAUUGCUUCCUGUCCCUGAGCCCUUCCACCCCCUUUAAACCUCAUUAUUUCCCUUAUCUGGGCUCCCAGAGACCUUGAUCCCAGUCCCUGGCCUCCCUUCCACCCAUUUUUUCCGACCCCUUACAGUGCUUUCAUUGGGCCCCUGAGCCUCAAGACCCUCCUACUCCUUCAGUCUGUUGGAAUCCCCCCCCAACAAAGUCUCUGCUGUCACCCUUGCAGUCUCUACCCAGCUCCUCAAAAUGGCUACCCAAGAGUCUCUACCCCCUUCCCCCCCUCCUCUGCCCCUUCCUGCUUUUGCUGCCGCUCCCCCUCACGUCUUUGGGUUGGAGAAGAGCCACCUUCUGAAGGCAGCCCUGGAGAGGUCUGGUCCAGGGCUGGGGGCCCGCCAGGACAUCAAAAGGCUUUUAAUGCUACAGAAGGACCGUUUCAGGAGCGAUUUGAAGUGGAUUCUGUUCUGUUCUGACGUGCCUUCCCUCAUCCAAGAAGGGCCUCAGUGUGGGCUGGUGGCCCUGUGGAUGGCAGGCUCUCUGCUGGCUCUCCCCCAGGAUGUCCCCUUGGAGAGGAUUGUGGCUGUGGCUCUAGAGAAAGGGUACACAGCUCAAGGAGAGAUGUUCUCAGCAGCCAACAUGGCCCGGCUGGCUGAAGAAGUCUUUGGAUGCCAAGUGGAGCUGUUAUCUGGGGGCCUAGGGGAGCCCAAUCAGGGCCGUGUCCUCCAGCACCUCAUCUCUGGCUGCCCACUGCUGGUCCCCUACGAUGAGGAUUACAACCAUGAGCCCUGUAAGAAGAAGGGGCACAAAGCCCAUUGGGCUGUUGGUACAGGCCUCCUGCUUGGGGUUCCUAGUCCCACACUGAGCUCAAGUUAUGAGGAGGACUCGGAGUUGAAGGGCCUGUUCUACCCAGCAUCUGACAAGCCCCCUCUCUUGCCUGAAGACCUCCCUGAGGCCAUCUACCUCCUCUCUAAGCAGGGCAAGAGCUGGCAUUACCAGCUCUGGGAUUAUGAACAACUUCGUGAGAGUAAUCUGCAGUUGACUGAUUUAGCCCCAGUCAGGACCACAGAUGGCAAGGUCUAUGUGGUACCUGCUGGUGGGGUGAGUGAGGGCCUCUGUGGCCACAUCCUGCUGCUCCGGCCCUAGGAUUCGGGCCACCCCUGGGAGUCAGGGGACCUGGGCUAGAAUCCUGCUCAACCAAGGACUCUUUGUGAUGCUAAGCUCCUCCCUCCUUGCACUGGUCUUCAACCUUUGAUGUAGAGCAGAGAACGUUAGACCUGAAGAUUGGAGGCUUGGACCCUUGACCACCUUCAGCCAGGGACAACACCAUGGAGCUAUGCUUGUCUCUGGGACUUAGUUUCUCCCUUUUUGGAGGGAUGUGGUGAGGAUCAAAGGCAAAAAUGGAAUAAGGUUUCAGAGACAGCCGCCACCCCAAACUGUAAUCAGCCUCCUUCUGCCAAUUCUGGAUUCCUGGAGACACCCCUGGAGGAGGGAACUCAGCAUAACUUGAGAUGUGUGGAAAACCAUGUCACUUUAUUUAAGGGAAUGGAAAGGCCCCUGCCUCAUUCCAGCAUCAGCCCACCCCUCUCUAUAAAUAAAUAGAAAGAGCAUA